GAGACUGCCUGAGCUACAACCAGCAUCAAUCUCUGAGCGGAGCCACACGGCCAUGGCUAGUGCGAUUCCCAGUGGUAGCGAGGCUCCAGGGGAGUUGACCUGCCCCAUCUGCCUGGACGCCUUCCACUGCCCCUGCACGCUCAGCUGCGGCCACUCGUUCUGCCUCGAGUGCAUGGAGGGCGCCUGGGAUGCGGCAGAGUCCUUCUCCUGCCCACAGUGUCGAGUGACUUUCCCUCGGAGGCCCAAGCUGAACAAGAGCGUGACGCUCGCCAACCUGGUGGAGCAGCGUAGUACCGCAGAUGAAUUGGCCACCGUGGUCUUGUGUGACUUCUGCAACGAUGGCACGACCGCUGCCUCGAAGACCUGCCUCAGGUGUGAUAUGUCCUACUGUGUGACUCAUGUAAAACCUCAUCAGGAGAACCGGAAGUUCAGGGACCACAUUCUGGUGGAUCCAGGCACGAAUCCUGAAGAACGCAAAUGCAAGAAACACAGAAAGAAGAUCAAGUUUUACUGCCGACAGGACAAGAGCUUGGUCUGCACAACCUGCAACAUCGCAGGAGACCACAAGGGUCACGAUGUGGCUACGCUGGAGGAUGAGCACAAGACACGGGAGAAACAAGUGGGAGAGGAGACGCGGGCGGUGGAGGAGAAGAGGAGGGAGGCGGAGGAGUUCGUGAGGCGGAUGGAGGCCGCUCGCAGGGACGUGCAGGGAUCGAUGACCGGGGUGAGACAGCGAAUCAAUGGCGAGUUCGCCCGCAUGAGAGCAGCUCUUGACGAGGACGAGAAGGCGGCUCUGGCUCGUGCAGCCAUGAAGGAGCGCGAGCUGCUGACCCAGAUCGAGAAGAACAUCGCUCACUACCAGCGCGAGAUUGGCGAGCUCCAGGCAGCAGCCACUCGUCUGGAGGGCCUAGCGCAGGAGAGGGACUCGCUCGCCUUUCUGCAGGGGCACCUGGAGGAGACGCUCAGGACAGAGAGGGUUACGUCUCAACCCUCAGCUCCCAGCCAAGAGGACAUUGCCUCACUUAAAGUCCUGGAGGCAACUACUGUCAAGUUCAUGUAUGGACGCUCACCGACUCUGGGCACAAACUCAGCUCAUAACGAACUCCAGAUCUCCUCGGAUCUGAGGACGAUGAUGCGGUACAAUGGCUUCCAGGGUUGCCCCGAUUACCCACACAAGUUUAUUGGCUGUGCACAACCCCUGUGCUGUGAGAGCUUCUCGUCGGGCCACCACUACUGGGAGGUGGAUGUGGGGGACGCGAGGUGGUGGCGGGUUGGAGUCACGUACGGGACGAUCCCACGGAAAGGACGUGGUGGUGCUGCACAGCUGCUGGGAGGGAGCAAAGCGUCCUGGUGUUUAGAGAAACGUAACGACAACUUCUCAGUGUUUCAUGCUGGAGUGGAGACUGCACUGUCAGUGAGUGGGGACCCCUCCCCCCGCAGAAUCGGGCUUCACCUGCAUUGGGAGGGGGGGCGCCUGGCGUUUUACCGCGCUGACUCCAUGGAGGUGAUCCACGAGGUUCGGCAGAGAUUCUUGCAGCCUCUCUACCCUGGGAUGUGGGUGGGGUGUUUGAUUGAACCAUUGAAGAUCGUGGAUCUGAGUCGUGCAUCCUGAGAAUGAGGAAAAAUAGAAACCCAAGAAACUGAGACAGAAACCCAAGAAACUGAUGAA